GAACAAACUGAGGAGCUAAAAAUACCAACAGAGGGACAGGCUGGCUGCUGUGGGCCUGAGGUGUGUGGGAGGGUCUUUACAUGGGCUUCAGGCAAGCUGGCUGUGGCAUAAAGUGUUGGACAACUGGGGUUAGAAAUGGCGCAACAGCUAAGUGGAAAAUACUAAAAGCAACUAACUUUACAGCCAUUUGAGAGUAGAAGGGCAGAACUUCCUGACGUCUUUGACAUCUUCCUCACCACUGGAGGUGAUGAGCUUUGCUCUCAGCUUUAAGCACCCGACAGCAGGCAGCUCUGGGCCCGGUGCUGGAAGCGGAGCAACCAUGGAGAAUCUGGAAAAGCAGCUGAUCUGCCCCGUCUGCCUGGAGAUGUUCUCCAAACCUGUGGUCAUCCUGCCCUGUCAGCACAACCUCUGCCGCAAGUGUGCCAAUGACAUCUUCCAGUCAGCUAAUCCUCUGUGGCAUUCCCGCGGUUCCUCCAGUGCGACGGCCAGUGGCGGUCGCUUUCGCUGUCCAUCGUGCCGCCAUGAGGUGGUGCUGGACCGCCAUGGAGUCUAUGGCCUCCAGAGGAACCUGCUGGUGGAGAACAUUAUCGACAUCUAUAGACAGCAGGAGUCCUCCAGACUUGUUAGCAUGAAGCCAGAGCAGCAGCAGCUCAUGUGUGAAGAACAUGAAGACGAGAAGAUCAACAUCUACUGUUUGUCCUGCCAGACGCCGACCUGCUCCAUGUGCAAAGUGUUCGGACAGCACAGAGACUGUGAUGUGGCUCCGCUCGGCACCGUCUACAUGAGACAGAAGACGGAGCUGAGUGACGGCAUUGCGAUCUUGGUGGCCAGUAAUGACAACGUCCAGGCAGUCAUCUCUCAGAUGGAAGCAAUCUGCCACACCAUAGAGGAAAACGGCCAGCGGCAGAGAGAACACCUGAGCGGCCACUUUGAACGUUUGGUGGCCAUCUUGGAGGAGCGGAAGCAGGAGCUGGUGGGUCUCAUCACCAAAGAACAGGAUGAAAAGCUCAAACAUGUUCAGUCGCUCAUCCGUCAGCACAGCGAUCACCUGGAGGUCGGCGUCACGCUGGUGGAGUCGGGCAUACAGUCCAUGGAGGAGCCACACAUGCCUCUGUUUAUACAGAGCGCUGAAGCCAUACUGGAAAAAAUGGCGGCGAUGGCGAGAGCCUCGAAGUUGGAGCUUCCAGAGCUCGGUUAUGAGAGCAUGAGCCAUUUCAUCAUCGAUAUCGAUGACCUCGCCGACACACUGAGAAACAUCAGCUUCUGCUGCGGUGUGGCGGCUGAUGAAGAAGAUUUUGAAGAAGUUGAGGAAGAUUUGGACUUUGGCUCCAGAUUUUAAGACCGAAGAGCAAAGAAGCUGAUCAGUUUUGACUGACUUCAGUGGAGAUUUUUAAACGUUGUCAGAGAUACUGACCGAACAGCCUCUGCAAUCGAUAAACUGGAGUUUUGUUUGGCCAAGGCUGGAGAGUGUGUGCGACUUUGGUAUCGAAAGUGUCAGAUUCCUCACAGUAGUUAUUCCACUUCUAGUUCUUGCCCAUCAGUCGUAGAAGAACAAAGUUUGCAGAAAUAUAAUCACAUUUUCACAAUUAGAGGACAGAAUGUAUUUAUGAGUUUUAGCUCCAAGGACCAAUUUUAAUAGUUUAUUUAAUACUAAAUUUGGGAAAUGUGACAAAUGUUCAUUAUACACCUUUCCACAAUAAAUAGGGAAUGUGUUUGAAACAAACAAACAAAAAAAAGUUCCCUAGAGAAGCUAUAACAAUGUUUAUAUAUUGUAAUAAUUGUAUGAUAAAGAAAGGGGGUGUUUGUACUUCUGCUGAGGAGGCUACGUGAUUGGUUUGUCUGUUUGUUACCAGGAGUUACUCAAAAAAGUCAACAAACGGCAUGAAAAUGUUACCAGAGGUGAGCCUAUGAUGCAAAAUGCCAAAAAUUGGACAUUUUGCACCAUAUUUACAGAAAUAUGCAUAAAAUAAAAAAGAAACAAAGAAGAAAACCCAUAUUCACACAUGCCAUGACGAGAAUUUUAAACCAUAGUUGUACUAAUGCUCGUGUUUACUGGUGGCUGUGAAAACAGAGGAAGCUCAUUUUUGAUGCUUUUUGGUUUAACUUUUUUAAUCAGGAAGUGAAACUCUUGAGAUUAAGAAUCUCCUUUUUGCAGCAGCGUCGUGGGACAAGCAGGAUUAACCCAGCAUGCUUUUCACUCACAGACUAAUUUGCUUUGAAAUUGGGAUGAGGAUCUCAAUAUUGUUCCCAUCCCUGCUUUAGUCUCAGGUGCUGAAACACAUUUGUUUUGCUGUCGGAUUUUUGCAAAUUACUUGCGCAUUGGUGAAGUAUGGAUAUCUCAAGAGACCGACAUUAUGCAGAGAAUCCUGAAUUAAAAUCAGAGGGAGUGUUUUAAAUCUGUAUUUUGUGGCAAAGUCAUUAAACUGUUUUCAUGUUUCUUAUCUUUGAUUUGACUGGAUUUGACUGCUGAACCCAUACAUGUAGUUUUUAAAUCGUAUUCAACAAUAAAAUGUAAACUAUU